AUGGUGUCCGAGAAACAUCUGACCUCAGCACCUGCACCCCCCUCUGGUCAAGACAUAGCUGAAAGCCACAACACUCUCGUAGAUGAUGCAGAGUGGCCUCCUCAUACUCCCGCCUCUGCCGUGGUUGCUGACGCGGAUGGUGCCCCCACCUCUACCGUCGCUGCUCUCGGUGACAUCCAGCUACACGAGCUGGACAAACUCGAACAGAGCAUCAACGCACUGUUGAAGAAUUACGGGCCCAGGAAGGCGCCAGGUAAGGAGAGCACGCCGACAAAGAUGACGGCCGCCGCUGCGCUGAUGCGUGAGAUGCCUCCGCCGGCAAGGACGUCCACGAGUAUGAUGGCAAAGCACAAGGAGACCGUGUCAGUCUUAAAGGAGCGCCGGAAGAAAGACUCGAAUUGCGACACACCGGGGGUUAGCAGCUCUGAAGGCAAUACUCACACCUGGCGCCAUCACGGCUGCGCAAGCGAAACCGACGAUGACGACAGCCAAUGGGAAGGAAGCGGACUCUGGUGUGGAGACGAGGCCACGUACGAAGCCAAGCCGCCAACGGUCUUUGUGCCGCCUCUUGACCUCACGCCGCUGCUGCUGCCAACGAACGAUUCAGAGGACCUCAAGCCAUAUCGCAUCCCGCUGCCCUCCGCCGUGCCGGCACCCGACGAGGCACACCGGGAUCUUCUUCUCACUAUCGGCGCUUAUGCGGUAGCCUUUGGCGCAGAAUGUAACACGGUGGCAGCGGGCGACAACAGUAGAGCUGGCGUCUGGACCGGUGGACCAAGCGCGUCCUCGUUGAUGAUGAGUGGAGAGGACGCUGCGCCGUCACCCAGCGACUCGGCGUCGUUUAACAACUCGUGCGCGCCGCCUUCCUGCCGGGCUCGCAGGAGCGGUGCGUCCCUCACCGGCGUCUCUCCGUUUGUGAAUGAGCGGAUUCAGCGAAUGCGAGCGUCAUGGCAGCACUCCUCAUCGACGGCGGACGUCACCGUAGACGUGCGGAGUCGAAGGGUAUCUCGAGAGGUGAGCAGCUCUGUGAAGGACGGUGUUGAUAGGGCGGAAAGCAAGCAGGCUGAUGUUAGCAAUGCAUUGUUGCUAGCGAAAGCUGCCUACUCUAAGCAAGUGGAGAAAGGGGGAUCUCUUUUCAGCGACGGGUCUGCCAAUGCGCAGCAGCGCACAGCCCACAUACGGUUCACAGACGAUAGCGAUGCCUUGGAUGGAGGUCGCGGUGCAGAGCGCGACCGGCGCGUGAGCCACCAGCGAGCUCGAGUGCAGCGCAUUCUUCUGGACUGUCAGGAGCAGCGAAGGCGCAAGGGCGCCGUCGUCAAAUAG